GCUUUAUGUUAAACUAAACUAACAUAGCAGCAGCAAUUAGCUCCUCUCUGCCUCCCUUUCCCUUCUCCAUUUCUCUCUGAUUAAGUAUGGAUAUGCUUCAGAAACCUGCAGCAAUAUCACCAGUCAAAGCUCCCUCACAAUUCUCCUGCUCUCCGUCUUCUUCUUCUUCACCACCUUCUUGUCAUCAUUCUUGUCCAAGUACUUUUCAUUCUCCUUCGAAGUCUAAUUCACCAGGUCUUACUUCACCUUCAGCUGCCACUCUCCCUCCUCCUCCAGUUGUUAUUACCCCUUGUGCUGCCUGCAAAAUCCUUCGCCGGCGAUGCGUUGACAAGUGUGUUUUAGCUCCUUAUUUCCCUCCUUCUGAGCCAUAUAAGUUCACCAUUGCUCAUAGGGUCUUUGGAGCUAGCAACAUCAUCAAGUUUUUGCAGGAGCUGCCAGAGUCUCAGAGAGCAGAUGCAGUAAGCAGCAUGGUUUAUGAGGCUAGUGCUAGGAUUAGAGACCCAGUUUACGGCUGUGCUGGUGCGAUCUCUCAGCUUCAAAAACAAGUUAGUGACCUCCAAGCACAACUUGCUAAGGCACAAGCUGAGGUGGUGAACAUGCAAUGCCAACAAGCCAAUCUAGUUGCUUUACUUUGCAUGGAAAUGAAACAAUCUCAACAAGAACCCAUCUUGCAACAACAUCAAUACAUUGACACGAGCUGCUUUCUUGACGAGAACAAUCUGGGCGCAUCAUGGGAACCUCUUUGGACAUGAUUAUGCCAAUUUUAUGCCCUCAAGAUGGGGCAGGCAUCAGACAUUGAAAAACAUACUUAUUAAGAAAAACUUCAAUAAAGUAACGAUAUUAGCUUUGGUAGAUAUGUGUCAUGAUGGUUUUCUGGUAGUCAUUUUGACCAGCGAAACCUUUGAAAACGGACUGACAUUGAUGGGUCUUUCUUAUACGUGUAAUGCUAGGAAAUAAGGAAGGGAAACGUGGAAAGAAAAAGAUAAAAAGAAAUGGAGAAAGGAGAUUGAUUUGUGCUCAUUGUUGAAUCAAAUUAAAGCAGAAGUUAUAUAUCGGUGACCUAAUUUUCUAAUAUAUCAUGUUUGUUCA